AUGUUUAGUAAGGUGGAGUCUGAUAAAAGUAAAUUUCUGGAGCAAGCAAAAGUGGCCAGAGAGGAAAGAGCACAAGAUCGUCAUCGUGAAGAUGCAGCAAUUCACAUUCAGGCAUAUGUGAGGGGGUUUCUUUCCAGAAGAAGACUCAGAAGAUCUAUUAGGGAAGAUUUGGACAGAUUUCUGAAGAUUCCACAGCCUGAUGUGGAGUAUAAGCCUGAAUUACAGCCAGCUAUUGAAGUAUUCCACCUUGUGAAGAAGUUCCUGUUCAUACACAAUGCUCAUUGUGAUCAGGAUAGAAAGAGAUUUGAAUAUUUGUGCCGCUAUAUCCUUGCCUCAGUGGAAAGCGACGCCUUGAAGAGCUGCUAUGUGGCAAUUUCCUGCAACAAGCAGUAUGUGAUAGCUUGGAUUGCCCAAUUAAAGUCUCUCUUGUGGACUUGCUGCCAGUAUUUUUACAUUUUAAAGCCUGAAAAUCACAAUGACCUCCGCACUGUGAUGGUGUUUUUACGAAUGCUAGUGACCUUUACAUCACAUACAAACUGGGUGGCUUUCAGGGACAAAGAAAAUCUUCAUCCAGGUUUCAUAAGGCUGUGUGAAAAUGUCAUGGGGGAGCUGAAUAGCAAGGGAUUGUAUACUGCAAUUGAGGCAUUGUUGAGGAAAGGCUUGUGUCGGUCAAAGCCUGUAUUCAAUAAAGCCAUCAUGACCGCUGUAAUAACAAUAAGUCUUAGGCCACUGCUUGCAGCCAACUUCUCCAACAACCUCCUGAGCAUGUUUCUGGUACACAUGCUUUCUGUGCCUGCGGUCAUCAUCCACAUCAACUCCAUAGCUCAGGAUUGCAUCUCAACCUUGAUUACUCAUCGAAUCUUCAAAAGAUGCCUCGAUCUGUUAGCCUGUGAGCAGAAUACAAGAAUAAUUUUCAACUCUCUCGAGGGGAACUAUGCCCUGUGUCUGAUGGCAAACUUGAUUCAGCUGGGAUUCAUGGAAAUGGAGGGCCUUGUUGAGAACACAACCAAUUUUAUGACUGUGAUGAUCAUAUUGUUAGACAACUGCCACAAAUAUGUACUGAACAAGAAGUCCAAUCUCACACACUGGCACCCGGUUCUUGGCUGGUUUUCACAGAAGACAGAUCAGAGCCUCCAUGAGUCAAUGUCCUAUGUUGUCCGUCAGCUGCAACUUCUGUGGAGUGACAAGAUGAUCCGUCUGAUGUUUGCUGCAUUGCUGGAGUACACAGAGGCUAGUCCAGUGGUGGACACAGAAACAGUACCCUCAAAGAAUAAAAAUAUAUUCAAAAAGGCCCUAGGAAAAGCAACAGCCAACAAAAUGAUGUCGUCACAGAAAAUAAAACUGGAUAGCGAUAUAGCAUUUAGUACUUGCUUGCCCUGCUCACUCUACCAGCACGCAAUCAACACUCUAACACAACUGAAGAUGGAUAUUUUAGGAGGUCUGGCCUACACUGAUAUCCUUUUGCCCAUACUCUGGAGGUUUCUCUGUGAUCUGGGACCUCAUUGUGGGCUGAAGAUUUUUAUUGAGCUCCUGUCACAAACGCCCAAUUCGGUCCGGCACCCAGUGUUCAGCCUACUGUCCUUGUUUUGUGAAACAGCAUCUCAUAUGAUUACCACCUUAGAUGAAAUUGAAAUGCUGGAGCAACAGAAAGUUUUUAAACUGGCAGACUAUGUCAAAAUGAGUGAAUUCCUGAAUUUGUUUGUCUUUAAAGUUAUAUGGGGUGAAUUGAUAAGUGUUGAACAGGCACCCAGUUGUGAUGUUUUCUCAUCUGCCUUGACGCUGUUGAUGAUUUUGCAUGAAAGAGACAGCAGACGGAGUUUCACAACUCCAAACCAUUGGUUAAUCAGGGAAGUGCGGCCAAGUCAUUUUAUGGCAGAGCUGGAAAAGGAGAAGAAAACAGCCAUGUUUCUGAUGCAGAGAGUUCCACACAUCAUUCCAUUCAAUGAACGGGUCAUGAUCUUUAGAAAGAAUGUGAUGAGGGAGAAGGAAGCUUUAGGCUUGACAGAGUCUGCAUGUGCCUCGCCUCAGUCUACUCUCAUCACUGUACACAGGAGCCGCAUUGUUGAGGAUGGCUACAGGCAGCUGGCACAACUUCCUGGCAGAGCCCUCAAGGGUGUCAUCAGAGUCAAGUUCAUAAAUGAAAUGGGUCUUGAUGAAGCUGGCAUUGAUCAAGAUGGUGUCUUUAAGGAGUUUCUGGAGGAAACUAUCGCUAGAGUUUUUGAUCCACAUUUAAAUUUGUUUAAAGUAACAAGUGAACAGAAAUUGUACCCAUCCUCAACUUCACAUAUUCAAGAGAACCAUCUGGCAUUGUUCGAAUUUGUGGGAAAGAUGUUGGCAAAGGCAGUUUAUGAAUUUUGUUUUCUAUUUAUCUUUAGGGGAUUAUUGUGGAUGUGCCCUUUGCCCCAGUUUUUCCUGACACACAUCCUGGGUCACCUCCAAAGUUCUACAUACAGUUCCUUAGAUGAGCUACCCUCUCUUGAUAUGGAAUUGGCGAAAUCGCUUUCAUACAUCAAGCAUUAUGAUGGUGAUGUCAGUGACCUUGAGCUGACCUUCUCGUGUGAUGAAGACAUAUUAGGACGGAUUGUCACGCACGAGCUGGUCCCUGGAGGGAAAGCCAUCCAAGUCACCAAUGAGAAUAAAAUAAGGUACGUCCACCUGAUGGCUCAUUUCCGCAUGUACCGACAGAUCCGAGAUCAGACAUUGGCUUUUGUUAGAGGUUUUAAGUCUGUGGUGACACCUGAAUGGUUGGUCAUGUUUUCCGCCCCGGAGCUGCAGAAAUUGAUAUCAGGAGACAGUGAUUCCCUGGAUAUGGAAGAUCUGAGACGUCACACUCAGUACUACGGGGGCUACCACAAUAACCACAAGGUGAUCAACUGGUUAUGGGACAUUGUGUCUCAUGAUCUUUCCACUGAAGAGAAGGGGCUUUUUCUCAAGUUUGUCACAAGCUGCUCCAAGCCUCCCCUGUUGGGGUUUGCCCACAUGGAACCUCCCUUCUCCAUCAGAUGUGUGGAAGUCAGUGAUGAUCAGGAUACCGGUGACACCGUUGGCUCUUACUUAAAGGGCUUCUUCAAUAUCAAAAAGAAAGACGCUGGGGGAAGACUUCCAACUUCGUCCACCUGCUUCAAUCUUCUAAAGUUGCCAAACUACUCCAAGAAAUCCAUUUUACGAGAGAAGCUUCGAUACGCCAUUCACUCACAUUCAGGCUUUGAGAUUUCAUAA